UAUAUCGCAUUACGAUAUAUAACAGCUCGGGAUAUCUGCGCGUUGCAUUAUUAUGCUCCGUCGUCUCUUCCUCUCUCUCUCUUAUCGCGUUUCGCAGAACAACCUAAUGCCGCACGAGAGAGCGUCUUAUCGUCGGCUAUUUAUCGAUCCUCGGAGCAUUUAUUUCGGCCGUGUUUACAUUAGUCCUGAGCGCUUACGUCACUACGCAGUAUUUACUAAUAUAACGCGUGCUGCAGCUGCACUUUCACUUUAUAGUCUAGAAGUAAUGCACGCGGCUACGACGGAAACAAAUCGUUUUUUAAUUAGGUGAUUUGUAGACUUUUACGAUGAAGCCGCCUGCAUCGCUUAAAGGGCGUUUUAAAGGGCUUCAGCUGUAGAAGCGAGCAGUCGAUAAUGAGGCGUUAAUGUUGACGUGCGGAUGACAGUUCUGUUUACCGACUCACCGUCUCUUUCUUUCUCGUGUUGUUUGGUGCGGGCUAUGAUUUCCCUACUCGAGAGCGUGAGUAAUGUCGCGUAGAUUAGAGAGCCCGGAUAUUUUCGUGAAAUUCAAAGGGAAAGGUAUGCAGUCAGUUGCGCGUUGCACCUAGUCGAGGGCGGUUGCAUCAUUGCCGGAGCUUCUCGCGUUGGUUUAGGAUGAUAUUAAUUAGUCAAAAUGGGAAGGAGACAGUACUUCUCAUUUCGCAUUAAGGCCUGUCAUCCUUGCGACGACGAAGCAUCCACCACUCAAGUACUCGGAAGAAAGGCCCAACACUAAGCAACAGUAGACAAAAUUUAGCCACUCACACACGUACCUACAUAACUGUUGCAACACAAGCCUAAACGACAAGAAGAAAUUAGCAAUACUAAACAAGCUGUGUAGGGCCAAGCAUAAUUUAAGAAAUAUUUUGGUGGUGGAACUCAACAAAGUCACAAAACUAAAGGACAGACAACGCUACUUUGCAAGUAGAGAAAUAAUGUUAUCGGAAUAAAAGAGAGAGGAUGAUCACCCCGGGGGCGUAUGAACUCUGGAGAAUUAGUGGGUCCAGGAGGAGAUUCUCCGGUUUAGAGGAAUGAGGAAUCCGGCGUUGCACCUGGUCGGGAUAGCGGCGUCCCCUGGUGGUGGAGGGGUAUUCGGCACCAGGGCCGAGGAGGAGUUGCGCCACUGGCUGGAGCAGCGCCUGGACGCAUUGGGCAUAGACCCAGUCGCGUACUCGCGCUUCGUACUCAGCCUUCUGCGACGCCCCGACUCGGCCUUCACUCCUCCGCUCGAUGUAGCCACUAUCGGCCGGAACGGAGGAGGAGGACGUCGCUCAAAAGCCAGGCCUCGGUCCAAACUGCCACUCCAGGGUGAUAGGGAGCAACGCCGCGCUGUCGUUCAAUGCCUUACCAAUGCUGCUGAUCAAAAGUGCGGAGUAGAGACGCUAGUGGACGAAUUGUGCGCCAAGCUGCGAGAUCUUGAAGGUGGUGACUCAAAGGACGAGCAGGAAGAACUAAAAACUGCCACUGAUGGCGAGGCAAAGGUUCCCUUCGAGACUCUCACUCCUCGCGACCGGGCUCUGAGAUACUACGCGGCAUUCCCGGCCCUGCAACCUACCACCCCCAAAAAAUUUCCUCACCGGAAAGAACGAAACUUAAGCAACAACAACAACAAUAAUAACAAUAAUUACAAUAAUAAUAAUAAUAAUAAUAAUAAUAAUAAUAAAAAGAGCAACGGUAUCAGCAGCAGCAACAAUAAUAAGACCCGCCAGAAGAAAAACAAGAUGUCCAUCCAAGCCACUGAAUCGCAUUCGACAGAAGAAAAAGAAGAUUUCGGAUUCGUCAAGUCAAUGGAGCGCGAACGAGAAAAGGAGCAAGAACUCGCAUUGGAUCAGCUUAGAUUGGCGCAGUUACAGGCAAAAUUCGACGAGAGCCUCGAAGCACUAUGGGACACUGGUCCAGGAAUUUCUCAGGGCACUGAUUCAAUAUGGGCAGCUCCAUCGCUCUCCAUUCCAUCCGGACCUCUGUGGCCGACAGACAACGCCGAUGCGUCUUUUCCUAUUAUCAAAUUAGAAAAGAACAAAGCUGAAACUCCAAUUUAUCAGGAAUCGCACAUCGACGACUCGCCACUGAUUCCGUGGGAUGUUGACUUGUUCAGCAUUGAAGACUACGCAGAAGAAUCCGGAAGCAAAGAUAGCAAGACUCCAGAAGAUCCUGUCUCAUGGUCUGAUUCAGCUAGAGAUGGUCCUUGGUGCUGGGGUGGUCUUGGAAACAUAGCAAACCUGGGUCGUAGUCCGCGCACAGGCAGCUGCUUCAUCCCGGUUGUACCGUGCAAGAGCCCUGUUACCAAUGACAAAGAAUCCAUUCAGGAACAAAAAGCAACUAGUCUACCAGAACCUGACGAAGAUCUGCUCACAUCAGCCCGCACUCAUUUUCGUCCAAUCAAAGAGGACGGCCACUGGGCUGACGGGACUACGUUUCCUGUAAACAAUAAUAUUGAAAGAGUCACAUACCGCAGGUCCGAGUCAGGCAACUUACUGUACCUUCCUGGUGGCGAGAGCCCAUACAUGGAAUAUCGAGAGAGUCUAAGCGCUCCCAUUGCAGUGCCCUCAAAUCUAACUCUGAAGUUCAGGGUACGGCAAUGCGACAAAAGCAUUCAGACGGAACCUAUUCGUUCCCCGGUCAAACGUAGGAUUCUCUCCGAGCAAGACCGUUUGUACUACUCGCCAAACGCUACUGAGGAAGCUAACGUAAACGAGAGCGACGAGAUGGAAAAGGAUUUCUUUGAUCAGAAACAGGUGGGCUGGGAUCAGUCCAUGAUGCUCUUACGCACCGACAGGAAAAGAAGACACAGCAGCAACUUCAAGUCCAGGCCGCGAACGGUGCUGCGUCCCUUCACACUGUGAGGCCGACAGAAACAUGGACCUAACCGAGGACGGGAUCCAUCAAAUGCAGCAUAAAGUUGCGUUUUAGUCUAGUAAUUCGUCGCAGGAUGGGUAAAUAAAUCGUUACAAGAAAUAGGUAUAGGGGUCCUCUUGGCAUGUGGAAUUUGUUAUGCAUGAACCCAAGACGGCAUGGUUAGCCCCUUGCCAUUAUGCAAACAUAUAUGCGUAAGCGACGACGAGAUGGAUAAAUAUCAAUUUAUUUAGAGAAUUCAAUUAUCGUUAUAUCUUCAAUCCCUCACGUGGAAAAAAAAAUGAAGAAAAGAAAGAAAAAAAGAAUUUUAUGAACACGUGUAUACCUCAUACCUCGUUUUUCGCGAGAAGUCAAGGGGAUUUUUUUCAAAAGAAAUCGUAGUAAGAGUGAUUUUCGAUUUAGUUGUUAAAGAUUUGCCCUUCCUUUUUCAUAAGUUUUUGUUCUUCUUCCCUCAGAAGCAACAUUAAAUUAAUAACGCGCCAUGGUACUGUGGACAUAAAAUCGUAAUCGUAACUUCUCCCGAAAUCUGCAUUGAUUUUCGUUUUGUGUUUAGCACUUCUAAUUAAUUGCAGUUCAUAAUAUAUGCAGAGAAUCAACAUAUAUUACGCUACUUGAUAAAAAAAGACUAAAACAAAAAGUUACAAAAAAAAAAUCAUAACGAUCCGGGAAAGCAAGAAAAAAAAGAAAGCGAUAGAAGUCAGAUUUAAUAGAGAAUACGGAAAACUUAAUAUUUGAAUGCUUGCAGGAACAGACAUUAUCAAAAAAGAGCGGCACGUUGAUAAAAAGAAAAGCAAUGAAAAGUGCUAUUCAGUUUUCUUGUUGUUUUCCUUAAUUAUUAAUGAAUUUACCAUAAUCGUAUUUUCCUUAUUAUAAUUUAACUCCCUAUAGCUCUAACAUAAUCCCGAAACCCCCUGAAAAAAUACCUCAGUAAUUCCUAACCCUUGAACCCAUUCCUCACACUAUCCUCUAUCCCUUGAACCUUAGAUCCCAAACCUAAGAAAAAAAGCAAAGUAACACAGAAAAACGUACAUGUAUGAAAAUGUAUUUGUAAAAAAGUGUAUCUCAUUAAAGUGAGAUACCGGUAAAGAAAGAUGAAAGAUAUGAGUAUAUGAGUCGAGUCACGUAAAGGUAUUGAAUACGUCUCUCUUGCUCGAAUGAAUUUUUCGGUCAAAACGCAUAUUGGAUUACCCAAUGGUAUUUCAAAUUAAGCAAGGGGUACGUAUAGGUAAAUAAAAAUUCAUUGAGAGAUGGAACAAAAAAAAAAAAAAUAUAUAAAAAUAAAGUGUGUCGUAUUGUCAAGUCGAUGAGAUAUAAAAAAGUAAAGGUGAUAAAUUGCAAGAAAUGCAGAUACUGCAAUCGAAGCACGUUUCUUUAACAAUUUUGAUGCUUUGAAAUUUGUUAAAGAAAUCUGACAUAGCAAAUAAAUAGGUAAAGUGAAUAUUAUUUCAUUGUCUUGUUGAUGUUCCGAUAAGGGUUGAUUUUUUAAAAAUCAUUUUAAAAAUCUUUCUGUUGUUUUAAUCAUUGGACGUUGAACACGUUAUAUAUUAUCUCGUAGAGUAAACAGUCGUCAGAACUCUGCAGAAUCAUCGAUAUCGGUGAAAAUGUAUGUUUUUAAAAAAGCAGGUCUUAAAUCGAUCGUAAUUUUAAAGCCAAAAAAUCGCUCGAGAGUAACACUUUUAUUUUUCACACAGAUAGUAACGGACGUUGAAUCUGUGCCGCAUUGUAGAAUCUGCCAAAGUUCAAUUUCCUUUUGUUUCAUCCUGUUUUACGAAGAAAAUAAAAAUAAACUAAUACUGUCUCGGCUAUAAAUUUCGGUACACGUAUAUCGAGAAAUCAAUAUUGGUAAUAGUCGGCGGGGUAGAAAAGAGAAAACGAACGAUUUAGAUAUACAUGUCCUUUGUUGUCGAAGUGCAUUUUUGAACCCUUUUGUUUUUGCGAAAGAUAGCCGAAAUGUAAAAGAAAUUAUCAAAAACGAUGUAAAUUUUUCUUACCACGACGAAAAUGUAAAAAUUCAAUGGAAUGUAAAAGAUGGAAAUAAUGAUGAAAUAAAGUUAAUGCAGACUAA